UUCCUUUGAAGCAAAGGUUGAAGAAGCAUCCAUGUGCAUGCUAAAGAGAGACCUCAUUACGGGAGACAGCCUGCAGGAGGUAAAAAUAGGUCAAAAGCUCCAAGGAAAAUGUCUCAGAUGUGUCUCCCCUGAGUCUACUGUCAAGCUUUACUGCUGCUAUAUAGUGAUCAUGAUUCUCACUGUAGCUGUAAUUGCACUUGUGAUUGCUUUGUCAGUGAACAAAGAAAACACAGCCAUUUCAGGACCUGGACCUUACUAUUCCACAUGCCCAAAUGACUGGAUUGGAUUUGGAAACAAAUGUUUUUACUUUUCUGAAGAUGUAAGAAAUUGGACAUUCAGUCAGACCUACUGCAUGGCACUAGAGGCCCAUCUUGCUCUAUUUGAUAGCCUUGAGGAGCUGAAUUUCCUGAAGAGAUACAAGGGAACUUCUGACUACUGGAUCGGCCUGCACAGAAAGUCACCAGAUCAUCCUUGGACAUGGACAGACAACACUGAAUAUAACAACUUGGUUCUCCCCCAAGGAAGCAGAGAAUAUGCCUACCUGAAUGACAGUGGGAUCAGCAGUGCCAAGGACUACACACCUAAGAAGUGGAUUUGUAGAAAGUACAGCAAAUAUACUUUACAAUGCCCAGAAAUUUUAAACCCAGGGUAG